AUGUCACCGCCUGCAUCUCCUCUGCAACUCUCCGUCGUCGACGUCGCCGGACCAGAGGAACACGACAAGCCGGCGAUUACGACGACGACGACGACGGCGACAACGACAACGGCCGCUCAAGAUGCCUCCAUCGACGACGUUGCGCCCGCGCCCCUGCGCCCAGCACUGUCGCGAUCCCGCACCAUGACCACGACGGCCGAGAUUGACAGCACAAUUACAAAGCCUGGCAGCGUCAAGAUCAACGUCACUGGCGCCUUCAUCGUCGAUCCGGACACGGCCACGCCAAAGAAUGGCCGCGGCUCCCCGACCACCCACCACGAAACGAGCGACAUUCGCCUGCCCAACCACACGGCCGUUGUCAGUCACAUCGCCGUCGAUAUUGGCGGCUCCCUCAUCAAACUCGUCUACUUUUCCCGCGAGGUCGACCAAACCGAUCCCGGCGGCCGCCUCACCUUUCAAAUUUUUGAGACGGAUAGGAUAGAUGACUGCGUUGAAUUUAUGCGCGACCUGCGCGACCGCCAGGCCAAGCUCACCGGCUCCCGCCCCAGCGACCUGGCUGUCAUGGCCACCGGCGGCGGCGCCUACAAGUUCUACGACAAGAUUCGCGAUGCUCUCGGCGUUGACGUGUCGCGCGAGGAUGAAAUGGAGUGCUUAAUCAUUGGUGAGCUUUUCCUCUUCGCAGCCCGCUCUUCUCAACUUCCUCAAACUAACCCUCUAGGCCUCGACUUCUUCAUUACCGAGAUUCCCCGCGAAGUCUUCACCUACUCCGAGACGGAACCUAUGCACUUUGUCGGCCCCCGCGAAGCCAUCUACCCCUACCUCCUCGUCAACAUUGGUUCCGGCGUCUCCAUGCUCAAGGUCACCGGCCCCCGCGCCUUUGAGCGCGUUGGCGGCACCUCGCUCGGCGGCGGCACCCUCUGGGGCUUAUUAUCACUACUCACCGGCGCCCGCACCUUUGACGAGAUGCUCGAGCAGGCCGGCCGCGGCGACAACACCCACGUCGACAUGCUCGUCGGCGACAUUUACGGCCAGGACUAUGGCAAGAUUGGCCUCAAGAGCACCACCAUUGCCUCGUCGUUUGGCCGCGUCUUCAAGAUGAAAAAGGACGCCGAGGCCGCCGCCCUCGCCGACGGCUUCGACCCGGCUGACGGCCAGCCUCUGCCUCGCGGCGCGGGCUUCAACGACGGCGACAUUGCGCGGUCUUUACUCUACGCCGUCUCCAACAAUAUCGGCCAGAUUGCCCUGCUGCAGUCCCAGCUCCACAACCUGUCCGACAUUUAUUUCGGCGGCUCCUUUAUCCGCGGCCACCGCCAGACCAUGAACACGCUGAGCUAUGCCAUCAAGUUCUGGAGCAAGGGCGCUAAGCAAGCCUAUUUCCUACGUCACGAAGGCUAUCUCGGUGCCGUCGGCGCGUUUCUCAAGCGCCAGCCCAAGAACUGGGGUCGUCGCGGCAGUCUGGAGAAUGUCGCGGGUCUUGAUGACCUGCAAGAGUGGCGGAAGCAGCGCGCCAAGGAGGAAGCGGUCGCGUCGCCAUCAUGA